UUUUUUUUUUUUUUUUUUGGCCUUGUACAGAAAUGGACGAGCCGUAUGUGCAGUCGCUGGGACUCUGCAGCCUCGCCCUCGCGUACUGCGAUAUGACUGUGCUCUUCUUCUUCCCGCUCCUCCCGCGGCUGCCGCUCAUCACGACGCGCGCUGCGUUCACACAGGCCGCGCUCUGGUCGCUGCUCCGACUCGUCAUUGCCCUGCCGCCCAUUGGCAUGGUGAUCAAGGCCGCUGUCGUGCUGUCUGUCAACAAUCCAGAAAGCCAUGUCACUCCACUCAUAGCGUGGCUUGUUUCCUGUGCAUACAUGCUGCUCGCUGCCACGAUCCUGUUUUAUCUGGUUGGCGAUGGGCAUCGCACGUCGAGUCCGCCUCUUGGUCCGUUGCAAUGGCUGUUGACAACACUCACUGCUCCCACGCCGGCGCAACCGACGAGCUCCACCAAGGUCAGCAAUGCUGCAACGACUCAAGCAAAGCAAGCAUCGGUGAUUGCUGCCUCCAAGUCCAAUCAUCCUCCAAUGUCGCAAGUCGCGCUUGCUUUGGCUCACGGCGCGUUCAAGCUGGUCUUGUUGGCGUUCGUGAUGCGCCACUGGCUCAAACUCCGCCAGCAGCAGUCGCGUCCGACGGUUGUGAUGGGUCCGGACGGCACCCUCAUCCGAGAAGAGGUUGACUUUCACGUGCUGGGCUGGGUGCUCCGGUCCAGCCUGUACGCCGUGAUUCUCUACCUUCUGCUGUCGGCGCUGCUCGACUUUGUUGCUAUGGUGCUCGCACUAACCAUGCGCGUCAAGCUAGUCGACUUGUGGAACUCGCCGUUUGCCUCAGCCUCGCCGCGAGACUUUUGGGGUCGGCGGUGGAAUACGAUCGUACGCGUCAUCUACAACCAGGCGUUGAUGCGGGGACUACUUCUCGCGGGCAAGGCCUGGAAUCGUGUCCGUCAGGUCGACCGCAUGACAGCUGCGGGCGGCGCUCAAGUCAACGCGGACGGGGAGCUCGUGUUCAAAGGCUCCGACACCAAAGCUACGGCGCGCGCUUCGAGCAAAAGCACAACAGACACGCCACCUGCUGCAGCUAAAGGCGGCCAUGCCGCGGCAAGCAACGCAGCUACACCCGUAUCUGCGCCCAGUGAAGGGCUCGUGUACUCGCUUAUCGCCGUCAACAUUGUUUUCGGGCUGCUGGGUUUGAGCCACGAACUCAUCAUGUGGUGUACCCUUGGCGCUGCAACUGGCGAAAACUUCCUCUUCUUCUUCCUGCACGGCAACGCAUGCGUGCUACAGUCGUACAUUGAACGGACGUACCCUCGGUUUACGGCCGCCCUCACAAAGGAGUCGGAUUUGCCUGCCACCACCCUGAACAUGGUCUUUUUUGCCUGCACUUCCGAUCUCUUCUUCCGCCCAUACUUGGCAGCAGAUUUUUUCGAGAAGAGCUUUGAAAUGUUGCAGGCGAGUUGAUUGAAUGCGUCGUGUUCAAAGCCACAUCUACUCCUCCAGAAUGUCAACAUGAAAUGGGCAAAGCAUACGCUAUUAAAUCACAACAAGAAAAAAAUUACAAACUCAGAAAUUCGC